AACCAGCUGUGAAAAAACAAUUGGAACGCGAUCGGCCAAAAACUCUAGUAGUGUCACCACUGGCGACACCACUACCGACACCUACUAAAACUCGUCCAACAACACCUGUACCUCCACGAGGACGUACCAGAUCAUCGAGUGUGGGUAAAUCAAAAGGACCUCCAUCCACAGGAUAUAGUGUAGAUGAUAUUCAUUCAUUACAUCCUGAAUCACCUUCGAAAAAAUGCAUCGAAACUUACACCUCAAAACCUUUCUCAUAUGCUAACUUAUUGAGCCCAAAAUUAACACCAAUAAAACGUGGUUCAUCAAAUCAAGCACCUUCUACUCCAAGAACUCCACCUACUCCAAAAACUCCACCUACUCCAAAACCUCCACGAAAAUUGACGAUUAUUGAACAAUUACAACAUAGCGAGUGGUCGACACGUAUUGAAGGCUUACUAGUUGUAGCACAAUUAAUAGUAAAACGAUCGUUGGAAUCAUCAUCUGCGAAACAAAAAUCACUACUUCCACCUGAUGAAGAGUUAAGUUCAGUUUUGAUCAACUUCCUGAACGAUCCAGACCAAAAAGUAAUUGAAAAGUUUAUGGAUCCAAAUAUCUUUGUUGAGCUAGCAAAAGUUAUACAGCUAGAACAUUUUAUACCAAAACUUAUUUUAAGUGUUAAUGAUGAGAACAAGCCGGAACAAUCUCAAAUAAUUCAAUCAUAUUUUCCUGGGUUGAAAUCAGGGAUUGGUAGUAAUAAAGCAUUAGCAGCUCUUAAUAAGUGUUUGUUGUUAUUAAAUAACUCUGGAACUUCGCAAAAAAAGUCUGCUUCAUUUACUCAACCUCAAAAGCGUAAGAUCAUUAAUGGAAUUCUUAUUUGGUUAAAUGAGAUUACCGUGCCUAAAUUGGAAGAAGUUGAAAACAAUGGGACACUAAGUGGUUAUCUAGGUGAUGUGGAAAAAUAUAAACUCCUUGCAAAUCGCCUUAUUCCUAUGGUAUCCAUGAUGAAAAAUACUUCUGAAAACUAUAAACCGCUUAGUGAUUUAUUGAUUAAUAUGCAUAAAUUAAAUCCAGACCUUUUUGAAACAGUUUUAUUUACUUUUGAUAAUAAAAUUAUUGAUGCUGUUGGCAAU